AUGAUCUCCGGAAACGCCAUCGUCUGUAUCGCCGCCGGCAUCAUCUACUUCUCUGCGACAGCUGGCAACACCAGUACCGUCGCCCUCGUCUUCUCGCAGGUCUUAUUCCAAGGCGGUGCGGCGUUCGCCCUCAUGGCGGCACAGACGGCGUUCCAGGCCUCGGUAAGCCACGACGACCUCGCCAUCGCGCUUGCCGUGUACAUCUUUGCCGAAAGCCUGUGCAACGGCAUCGGAGCGUCGGCCGCCGGAUCCAUGUGGACCUCGAGCCUGGUCGCCAACCUCGAGGCGGUCCCGGGCCUCAAUGUCACCGACGUGCUCAGCAUCGCGGGCGACAUCACCCUCGCCCGCAUCUCCGAGCCGAGGGCCGACAUCAUUGUGGCCUACGACAAAACUUAUCGUAGAAUGGCACUCGCGGCCUUGAUCCUCACUUUCCCCUCCUUCAUCGCUUCAUUCUUCAACCGGGAGAUUGUGCUGGACAACAGACACAACAUCAUUGACGAGGAGUCCCCGGCGGUUUGA